AUGAGACUCAAUCCAGCGCCCAAACUGACCAUACUUAAAACCGAGAAUUCUCUGAAGCAAGAAUUCUAUUACCCAAUGUUUGUAAGUUCGGGUGAAAACCUGUAUGUGAUGGAAACCUGUUCCAAAGAUUCGUACAAGGUUCUUGAAAUGGAUUUUGGAGAAAUGAAAUGGCUGCCGUUUGAAAAGAAUAGAGAUGAUUACACAUUUUUUAUUAGUGGCUCGAAGCCUGGUGCUGCUGUUAAACAAGAUUUGUGGGUUGAGGCUCAGUCACAGUCACUAUACAUGAGAUAUGAUGUUACUGAUAAAAGUGAAAAAGCCAGGUUCUUUACUGCAGAUCUGUGGUACUUCCCUCAUAAAUGUUUGAAUGUUGAUCUCUUAAAUGAGUGA